AUGGCGGACAAGCCUAUCACUUUCACCGAGCACGUCCAGCUCACGGCCCUCGGAAUCCAGCCGGGUUCUAUCGCCUUCCAGUCCCUCACUUUGGAGUCUGACCACUUCAUCUGCGUGCGGGAAAAUGUGAACGAUACGAACCAGGUCGUGAUCGUCGAUCUGGCGGACGCGAACAAUGUCAUCAGACGGCCAAUCACGGCUGAUUCUGCGAUCAUGCACCCCAAAGAGAAAAUCAUCGCCCUGAAGUCUGGACGCCAGCUCCAGGUCUUCAACCUUGCGACCAAGCAGAAGGUCGGGUCACAUCUGAUGAACGAUGACGUGCCCUUCUGGACCUGGAUCAGCGAUACGACUUUGGGUCUCGUGACUGAGCGGGACGUGCAGCACUGGAACGUCGUUGGCGGAGAAUCCGCACCACGAAAGAUAUUCGAGCGCCACCCCACUCUCGCCGGAAAUCAGAUCAUCAACUACCGUGUCUCACCCGACGAGAAGUGGUUGGUCGUCGUCGGUAUCUCGGCCAACCCGCAAGCUGGCCAGCCGGGGCAGAACGGAUUCAAGGUGAAGGGAAGCAUGCAGCUGUACUCGGUGGAGCGGGGCGUCAGUCAGCCUAUCGAGGGUCACGCGGCGGCGUUUGCAACGAUCAAGCAGGAGGGAGCGACCGUGGCUAGCAAGGUGUUUGCUUUUGCUGCAAGGCAAGCCAACGGUGCGAAGCUGCACAUUGUCGAAAUCGGCCACCAACCCCCAAACGCGCCAUUUACCAAGAAGGCAGUCGACGUCUUCUUCCCCCCAGAAGCAGUCAACGAUUUCCCGGUCGCCAUCCAAGUCUCGGCAAAGCACGGCAUCAUCUACCUCGUCACCAAAUUCGGCUUCAUCCACCUGUACGAGAUCGAGACGGGGACGUGCAUCUACAUGAACCGGAUCUCGGGCGAGACGAUCUUUACGACGGCCGAGUUUGAGGCGCAGAAUGGUAUUAUUGGGGUGAACAAGAAGGGGCAGGUGUUGAGUGUGUCGGUGGAUGAGCAGACUAUUGUGCCGUACAUUCAGCAACACCUCAACAACGCCGAGCUCGCCAUCAAGCUCGCUACCCGCGCCGGGCUUCCCGGAGCCGACCACAUCAUCCAGAGCCAGUUCCAGGUGUACAUGCAGAACCAGCAGUACAGCGAGGCCGCGCGCAUCGCCGCCAACUCCCCGCGCGGUAUCCUCCGGACACCCCAGACCAUCGACAUGUUCAAGAAGCUUCCCCCGGUCCAGGGCUCGCUUUCGCCCAUUCUUCAGUACUUUGGGAUCUUGCUCGAGAAGGGCGAGCUCAACAAGUAUGAGAGUCUGGAGUUGGCGAGGCCCGUCAUUGCGCAGGGGAAGAAGCCUUUGUUAGAGAAGUGGUUGAAGGAGAGCAAGCUCGAAUGCAGCGAGGAACUCGGAGACCUCGUACGCUCAGCCGACAUGAACCUCGCUCUAUCCGUCUAUCUCCGCGCUUCCGUCCCCAACAAGGUCGUCGCCUGCUUUGCCGAGCUCGGGCAAUUCGACAAGAUCGUCCUCUACUCGAAGAAGGUCGGCUACACCCCGGACUACGCCCAGCUCCUGCAGCACCUCGUCCGUAUCAACCCCGAGAAGGCCAGCGAGUUUGCCACCCAACUCGUCAACGACGAGGCGGGACCGAUGGUCGAUAUCGAACGCGUCGUCGACAUCUUUAUGGGCCAGAACAUGAUCCAGCAGGCGACCUCGUUCCUCCUCGAUGCGCUCAAGGACAACAAGCCAGAGCAGGGCGGUCUGCAGACUCGGCUGUUGGAGAUGAACCUGGUCAAUGCGCCGCAGGUCGCGGAUGCUAUCCUCGGAAACGAGAUGUUCAGCCACUAUGAUAAGCCACGGAUCGCGAACCUUUGCGAGAAGGCUGGGUUGAUGCAGCGGGCCUUGGAGCACUACGACGACCUCGAGGACAUCAAGCGAUGCGUCGUCCACACCAAUCUGUACAACGCAGAGUGGCUUGUCAACUACUUUGGCAAGCUCAGCGUCGAGCAGACUAUCCCUUGUCUCCAAGAGAUGCUCAAGAGCAACAUCCGGCAGAACUUGGCGGUGGUCGUGCAGAUUGCUACGAAAUACUCGGACUUGCUUGGCCCCGUUAAGCUCAUCGAGCUGUUUGAGCAAUUCAAGUCCUCGGACGGUCUCUACUACUACCUCGGCUCGGUGGUCAACCUCAGCGAGGACCCGGAGGUGCACUUCAAGUACAUCCAGGCCGCUACCCGGACCGGCCAGAUUCGCGAGGUCGAGCGUAUCUGCCGGGAGUCCAACCACUACAACCCCGAGAAGGUCAAGAACUUCCUCAAGGAGGCUCGGCUCUCGGACCAGCUCCCCCUCAUCAUCGUCUGCGACCGGUUCGACUUUGUCCACGACCUCGUCCUCUACCUCUACCAGAACGGUCUCACCAACUUCAUCGAGAUCUACGUCCAGCGGGUCAACUCUCAGCGGACCCCUGCUGUCGUCGGGGGUCUGUUGGACGUCGACUGUGAGGAGAUGGUCAUCAAGAACCUCCUCAUGUCGGUGACUGGCGAGUUCCCCAUCGAGGAGCUGGUCGAGGAGGUCGAGAAGCGGAACCGGCUCAAGCUCAUCCUCCCUUGGCUCAACUCCAAGGUGGAGCAGGGCUCGACCGACCACGCUGUCUACAACGCGGUCGCCAAGAUUGCUAUUGACUCCAACAACAACCCGGAGGCGUUCUUGAAGGACAACAACCUGUACGACCCGGCGAUCGUCGGAAAGUACUGCGAGAAGCGAGACCCGUACCUCGCGUACAUUGCCUACGCCAAGGGCUUCUGCGAUGACGAGCUCAUCCACAUUACCAACGAGAACCAGAUGUACAAGCAUCAGGCUCGGUACCUCGUCAAGCGGAGAGAUGUCGAUCUCUGGACGCGCGUCCUCGAUCCGGAAUCCAUCCACCGUCGGGCCCUCAUCGACCAGGUCGUCGCUACCGCCAUCCCGGAGUCGACCGACCCGGAUGACGUCUCGGUCACGGUCAAGGCGUUCAUGCACAUGGAGCUGCACGGUCCCCUCCUGGAGCUGCUCGAGAAGAUCAUUCUUGAGCAGUCUCCCUUCUCGGACAACCGGUCGCUCCAGUCCCUCAUGUUCCUCACUGCGAUCAAGAACGAUCGUGGCAAGGUCAUGGGGUACAUCAACAAGCUUUCGGGCUAUGAUGUUGACGCGAUCGCCAAGGUUGCCACGGACGCCGGGCUGUACGAGGAGGCUUUCACCAUCUACCAAAAGCACGACAACCACGCCAAGGCGAUGGACGUCCUUGUCGAGCACAUGGUAUCGAUCGACCGCGGAUCCGCUUACGCCAACAAGAUCAACCAGCCCGCUGUUUGGUCCAGGCUCGGUAAAGCCCAGCUUGACGGUCUGCGCGUCAAGGACGCCAUCGACUCGUACAUCAAAGCCGAGGACCCGUCCAACUUUUCGGAGGUCAUCGAGAUUGCCAACCGGGCAGGCAAACACGACGAUCUCGUGCGCUAUCUCCAGAUGGCGCGCAAGACUGCUCGCGAGCCCAAGAUCGACACGGAGCUCGCGUACGCCUACGCCAAGACGGACCGGCUGCACGACAUGGAGGAGUUCCUGGCGAUGACGAACGUGGCGGAUGUGCUGCAGGUCGGGGAGAAGUGCUUCGAGGACGAGCUGUGCCAGGCUGCCAAGCUGCUCUUCUCGAGCAUCUCGAACUGGGCCAGAUUGGCCACUACGCUCAUCUACCUCGGGGAGAAUCAGUCGGCGGUGGAUGCUGCGAGGAAGGCUGGUAACACCCAGGUGUGGAAGCAGGUCAAUGCCGCUUGUGUGGACAAGAAGGAGUUCCGACUUGCCCAGAUCUGUGGUCUCAACUUGAUUGUCCACGCUGAGGAGCUUCCCGCUUUGUUGUCGUUGUAUGAACGGAAUGGCUACUUUGAGGAGAUCAUUAGCCUGAUGGAGGGUGGUCUGGGUCUCGAGCGGGCGCACAUGGGGAUGUUCACGGAACUGUCCGUGCUAUACGCCAAGUACCGUCCAGAAAAGCUCAUGGAGCAUCUCAAGCUGUUCUGGCAGCGCGUCAACAUUCCCAAGGUGAUCAGGGCUUCCGAGCAGGCACAUCUCUGGCCCGAGCUGGUCUUCCUGUACAUCGUAUACGAUGAGCCCGACAACGCAGCUCUCGCCAUGAUGGAGCGUCUCAGCGACUGGGACCACGACCAGUUCAAGAAGGUCAUCGUCAAGGUGGCCAACAUGGAGAUCGCCUACAAGGCCGUUUCGUUCUACCUUGCACACCAGCCCAACCUCCUCCCCGACCUCCUCGCCGCCCUUACUCCCCGGCUCGACCACGGCCGAGUCGUCAAAAUCCUCCAGGCGGCCGACCACCUCCCCCUCGCCAAGCCAUACCUCGUCGGCACGCAAAAGCUCAACAUCACCGUUGUCAACGAGGCGUACAACGACUUGCUCAUCGAGGAGGAGGACCACGUAACCCUCAGGAGCUCGCUCGAGACGUACGACCAGUACGAUGCCAUCAAACUGGCCAAGCGACUGGAGAAGCACGAGCUGCUCGAGUUCAGGCGGAUCGCGAGCUUGCUGUACAGGCUUAACAACAUGUACGAACCCUCCCUCGACCUCUCCAAGUCAGACAGAUUAUGGCGAGACGCACUCGAGACUGCCGCUUCCAGCAAGGAUAUCAAGGUCGCCGAGGAGCUCGCGCUGUACUUUGUCACCAUUGGCAACAAGGACGCGUUCGCCGCGAUCCUGUAUGUCUGCUAUGAGCUGGUCAGGCCGGACUUUGUGGAGGAGAUGUCGUGGCGCUUCGGUCUUGGCGACUACUCCAAGCCAUAUGUGCUCCAGCUGCAACGCGAUCAGACUACCAAGAUUGCCGCGCUUGAGAAGGAAGUACGGGAACUGAGGUCAAAGACGGCAGAGAAGGAGACGGAGGAACCGUCGAGUAUGAUGGGGUCCGGUCUCGGUGGGCGCUUGAUGAUCGGUGGACCAGGUGGAUUCCCAAAUGGCGGCGGGAUGCCUAACGGCGGUAUGAUGGCUCAGCCUACAGGCUUCUACUAG